UAACACGGAAGUGUACCUCUGCUUAGCUUCUCAACAUUUUCCAGGAUUUUUCUUAUUUAAAGACAUUUAUUUCUUACUUAUUUAGGACAUAGUUAUUACAGAAUUGCAUUUACACUCGUAGGCCCUUGUACGAGUAAAACCGGUUAGCGGAGAGGAUUUGAACAGAUACAUUUGAAGGGAUUUUGCAGUAGUAGUAUCCACUUUUUUUUUUAAAAAAAAUUUAUAGACUCUAGUUUCAACAAAUAAACAAAAUAAAAAGGGUUUUAUAGCUGUAACCUUUUCAGUUUUGCAAGACGUUGUGCUUGUUAUGAGCACAAACAGAUGCUCAUGUACCUGAAUUAUGCCCCAAAAGGACAAGUGAGUGCAGAGACUUACAGCUAACCCCGAAUAAUGCUUCAUCGCUUAUCGUCAGUGUGGUUUUGGUUUGGAUCAGAUCGGCCUGGAUUCAGUCUGGGAACAUCUGUGCUGCUAACACUCAUGCUGCUGAUGUAUGCUGGAGGCAUCCAGGCAAGUCUCAGCUUAGGUCCGGGUGGAGACUUCCCCAGAGUCAGAGAUGUGUUCCUGUAUGCUCUCAGUCACGAUGAGCUUCUCUCUCUGCUGGUCAGUGUUGUUUUCGUGCUGCUGGUUGGACCUUGUCAGGAGCGUCGCUGGGGAACAGUCGCCUUCCUCGCCCUCUCCAUCCUGACGGUGACCAUUUUACCUCUCCUUUACGCGCUGCUCCUCUUUGUCGGUGGAGGCGAGGCAAGUCGGAUCUGUGGUUUCUCUGCCAUCCAGCUGGCUCUGUUUGCAGCUCAGUGUCGGCAGCUGGCACGGAGGAGGCUGCUCAGGUGUGUGCCUGUCUGGUUUCUUCCCUGGCUUCUUCUGCUGAUUGGUCUGCUGCUGCUUCCCGGGACACCUGCCCUGCUUCACUUCUGCACAAUCAUCAUCGGACACAACUAUCAUCAGUCCUUCAUUGGAACGUUACAGGAGCUGGAGGAGGCCAGCGUCCUGGACUUCAUUCCUGAUUGGGUGUAUAUCCGUACAUCAGCCAGGUGCAGACUGCCCACCUACACUCCUUCACAGAGAUCUAGAUCACCUCCUCAGAUCAAGCCUGCAGAUCAGGCAGCUGCUUCCCCCAUGAGGGAUCCAUCAGUUUUAAACCACCACCCAUGGGUGGAUCCAGUGCCUGCCUGGAUCGUGAGAGAGUCUGCUGCACAGUCUGAGGCCGAGGUGUUGGAGGAACAGAUGCUGAGGGCAGGAAUACUGGCCUCGUUACAGGAUGCUCCUGACAACCCUGAUACAAAAGUGGAGGUGCCCAAAUCAUCUGUUUCCUCUCUGCGACUCCAGCAGCUGGAGAAGAUGGGCUUCCCCACAGAAAAAGCUGUCGUGGCAUUAGCAGCUUCAAAGCAGCUAGAUGGAGCUAUUUCUCUGCUCAUCGAUGACAGUGUUGGAGAACAAGCUGUGGUGGUAUCGAAAGGCAAGAGCCCUGUGCUGCCGCAGAGCACCUAGCCGACGUCACGCUUGUGGUUUGCUCUUGUGCAGUAAACUGGACUGACAUUAUGCUUGGGUUUUGCUGAGCUUCCAUAUUAUUUUUUUCCCUGUGGGCUACUUGUAGAACUAAUUUAACGAUCAAAAUUUACGGGGAGAGGAAAGACUGUUCUUUUUCCACAACUGUGAAUCCAAUCAAGUGUUGAUGCAAACCUGAUGGCUUUGGAGACAGUUUGUGUGUCUGCACAUAAAAUGUACAUUGGAGAGAGGAGAUGCCAUUUAUUUACGCUUCAAUCACACAAAUAAAGAGAGGUGACAUGUUAAAAAAAAAAACAAUGAACAUUAUUUUAUUACACCAAUCAUCUAGACAGGAUUAUCUUAACACAAUAACACAUUUGCAAGAAAGAAUGUUGAAUAAAAUAUGAAAUGGUUACACAACAGCAUACAAAAUAAGAUACAAUUGAUCAUUUUAAAUAGUUUCACAAUAAGUUUGAUAUAAGAUGAAAAAACAGUUAUCAAGCCUUUUCAUCAGGACAGUUUAAGCAGUCAACAGUGGUAAAAAUAUGUUCAAGUUCCGUUAACAGUUUUGCUAUUUCCUCUGUGUGUGUUAAAGAUCUUAAAAUGGACAGUCAGUUCGCAGUUUUCUUUUUUGUAUGUUACGACUGUUUCCGUUGAUAUGCAACUAAACCCAAAUGUUUGUGCUUCUCUUUGCACAGAUUAAAUGUACAGUAAAUCUACUGUUGUAUAUUACAUCACUGUAUCAGUGUGUACUUUAAAGGGGGAAAACACUCACACCAGAAAACUACAAAUCACUGUUAGCAACACGUAUCUCAGUUAGAAUAGAGAUGACUUCAUCUUUUUAGUGCACUACAUAACAUUGAGUUAAACAAUAGGAUAGAAGUAUAACAAAAUUAAUACUAGAAGAAGAAGAGGUUUGUUUGUGUACUUGUGUCCUGCAAACUGUACAUGCUCAAUAUACUUAAAUAGUGGAAUCUCUUCAGAUUGCAGUUACAUUGUAAGAGCAAUGCAAAUCCAGUCUGUUUC